AUGAUACCACCUGACCAAAGUGAUAAACUUCCAUAUGGUUUCGUCCCUGUAAAGCGUGCAAAGAAAGAUGUUUUUAUUAAAUCAAGCGUAGAUGAUAAGCAAGUUAAAUAUAUUCACGAUGUUUUUACAGAAGAAAAAGAAAGAGGCGCUAGAAACUUCACAGACUCUAGAUCCAUGACUUGGAGUUGGAAAGAAGAUACAUUUCAAAAGUUUCGUGAUAAAAUUGGCGGUUCUUCAAUAAAAAUCAUCGAUCCAGAUGAGCAGAGGACAAAAUACGAUGAAUUUGAGAGACCAUCCAACAGGCCACGCAAAGCACAAUCCAAAUCAAACAAAGAAAUGAAUCCACGUGAAAUUCGACUUUGGAGGAAUGACAAUCAAGUUAAUUUCAGAGCUAAGUUUAAAGUUUCUACGCCUCCAAUGAUAGAAUGGGGUUCGCCUUUACAACCAGAAUUAGUUUCAGAAUUACGAGAACAAAAUUUUGCAAAACCUCUUGUCAUUCAGGCGGCAUCCAUACCAUUAUCCAUAGACAGCUACGAUAUCAUAGGACUUUCUCAACCAGGUACUGGUAAAACAUUAGCCUACGUUAUUCCUUUGUUGUAUUAUAUUUUAGAAUACAAGAAAAAUCAUCCAGAAACCAAUAAUUUUUCAAUUCCACUGUCGGUAGUUCUUGUUCCUACCCAUGAAUUAGCAGUACAAGUCCAAGAAGUCAUAGAUAAACUCGGAAUUAAUCUUGGAAUCAAAUCACGAACAUUAACAGGCAGUUUCAGACUUAACGACCAAGCAUUAGAGCUUUCUCAUGAGAACCAUGUCAUUGUUGCUACUCCAGGACGCCUAAAAGACGCGAUAGAAGCACAUUUAGUUUCAGUUAAAAAAGUUUUCUUUAUUGUGAUGGAUGAAGCCGAUAAAAUGGUUGAUAAAUCAUUGGGACCACAGAUCUCAUUCAUUCUAAACGAGUGUCCAAAAGAGAAGCACUUAAUGAUGUUCUCAGCGACAAUGCCACACGAAGUUCUUUCAAUUGUUGAAGAAUUUUUCACAAAAGUCGUCACUGUUUCUGUUGGCGAAAUCGGCGGCGCUAGUGAGAAUAUCAAACAAGUUGUACAUUAUUGCAGACAAGCAGAUAGACUUGGACUCUUAUUGAAGUCAUUAAGAGGUAUGAAAGCUCCAAUAAUUGUUUUCACAAAUACAAGAGAUAGUUGUGAAAAAAGUGCCAUGGAAAUACAAAAUAAUGGCUUCAGAUCAGCAUUUAUACAUGGUGGAAAGUCCCAGAAAGAGCGAGAUAGCAUUGUUGAAGGAAUCCAGAACAAUCUUUUCGAUGUUUUAGUUGCAACAGAUGUAAUUUCUCGUGGUAUCGAUAUUCCUAACGUAGAAAAUGUUGUUAACUUGGAAUUGCCAAGGAAUAUACAUACUUACGUGCAUAGGAUAGGAAGAACUGGUAGAAAUGGAAAGGAAGGCAUUGCAACAAGCUUUGUUACUAAAGAUGACAAAGAAAUUAUGUAUGAUUUGGCAGCAAUGCUGAGAAGAGGCAAUUUCGCAAUACCUGAUGAAAUGGCAAGAGAUCCAUCAUCCCAACAUAGAGUAGAACCAACUGAAAACGAACAUUUCGAUCAAUAA